AAGGUUUUAAUUUUGAAUUGUUCUACUUGGCGAGGGAGCGGCCACUACCCGGACUGCAUCUAAUCCCGAGCUCUUAGACUAAAAUCAUGCCCAAGUUCAAGCAACGAAGAAGAAAGUUAAAAGCCAAAGCAAAAAGAUUAUUCAAAAAAAGAGAAGCCUCUCACUCUGAGCCCAAGCUAAUUACACCUCCUCCUCAGCCACCCUCACCAGAAAGAGUGGUUACUCCUUCAGCAGCUAUACCCCCUAGCAGAAGCUGGCUAAGAACAUCCUGGAACUUCAGAUUUCCCAAUAUCAAAGAUACAGUUAAACUUUGGACAAAUCGAGUGUGGUCUAUAUACAACUGGUGCCAGAACUGCAUGGCCCAGAGCUUAGAAGUAUUGAAAGAUACCAUCUUUCCAUCCCGUUCCUGUUACCGAGAACUUCACAGUCUAAAACAACGGUUUUGCAUUUUGGAAAGUGAAUUGUGCAAGCUCCAGGAAGCUGUGAAGACCGUCUUGGAAAAUUCUUCCUGCCCAAGCUGUAGUCAAACAUGUCACAUAAGUGGUAAACUUACAAAUGUGCCUGCCUGUGCUCCAACCAUCCCUGGAGAAUCUAGAGCUGGACUUUCUCCCACAUUGCCACAGCCAGCCACCCAUCUUCCUCCUCUUCCACCUCCACCUCCACCCCCUCCACCUCCUCCUCUCCCUCCACCUCCACCACCUAUAGCACCUUUGCUGCUCAGAAAAUCCAAUCGCACUAAAGCACUUCAGGCUGGACCAUUAAAAAAAGAUGGACCCAUGCAAAUAACAGUUGAAGAUCUACUGACUGUGAAAUUAAAGAAGACACAGUGUUUUGAUGAAAGGAAGAAGCUUGUAUCAUCACCAAAGACCCGGAAUCCACUAGUUACUGUCUCUGACCUGCAGCAUGUCACCCUAAAACCCAACUCCAAAGUGCUAUCAACUCGAGUUACAAAUGUCUUAAUUACUCCUGGUAAAAGCCAGAUAGAUCUGCGGAAACUACUUAGAAAAGUCAAUGUAGAAAGGAGCCCAGGUGGAACCCCACUUACUAAUAAAGAAAAUAUGGAAACAGGAACUGGGCUGACUCCAGUAAUGACCCGGGCCUUGAGGAGAAAGUUUCAGAUGGCUCACCCUAGAAGCCCAACUCAAACUCUGCCACUUUCUACAAGCAGCUUUGAUGAACAAAAUUGAGGCCAACUCAUCCUGACAACAUGUGAUGAUCCAUAAAAUACACAGAUAAAAUCACCCCAAUCCUUUUUUUUAAUAUAGUAGAGUAUAUAUAAAUAAUUAUACUAAUAUAUCAUUCCAUCUGAAGAAUUAAAGUAUAUGUGGAGCCCCCAUACAUACUAUGAUACAAAGUAGGUUUUUGGCUAUUUUUUAGUUUGCAUGGUCAAUAAUAAAAGAACAGAUAGGAAAAUG